AUGAUGGCGGCGGCGCUGGGGCCCCCAGAAGUGAUCGCUCAGCUGGAGAACGCGGCCAAAGUUCUGAUGGCCCCGCCUUCCAUGGUCAGUAAUGAGCAGCGCCAGCAUGCAGAGCACAUAUUCCUGUCAUUUAGGAAAUCCAAGUCUCCGUUUGCAGUCUGCAGGCAUAUUUUGGAAACCAGUAAAGUGGACUAUGUCCUUUUUCAAGCUGCCACAGCCAUAAUGGAAGCGGUUGUCCGAGAGUGGGUUCUCUUGGAAAAAGGCAGCAUCGAGUCACUGAGAACAUUCCUCCUAACCUAUGUCUUGCAAAGGCCUAACCUCCAAAAGUAUGUUCGGGAACAGAUUCUAUUAGCAGUAGCAGUAAUUGUAAAAAGAGGAUCAUUAGAUAAAUCAAUUGACUGCAAAAGCAUAUUUCAUGAAGUCAGCCAGUUGAUAAGUAGUGGCAAUCCCACAGUGCAAACUCUGGCCUGUUCUAUUCUAACUGCUCUAUUGAGUGAAUUUUCAAGUUCAAGCAAAACUAGCAACAUUGGACUGAGUAUGGAAUUCCAUGGUAACUGCAAACGAGUCUUUCAGGAAGAAGACCUUCGCCAGAUCUUCAUGUUAACAGUUGGAGUUCUGCAGGAGUUCAGCAGACGGGAGAACCUUAGUGCUCAGAUGUCCUCAGUGUUUCAGCGAUACCUUGCACUCGCCAACCAAGUCCUGAGCUGGAAUUUUCUUCCUCCAAACUUGGGCAGACAUUAUAUAGCUAUGUUUGAAUCCUCACAAAAUGUGCUGUUGAAGCCAACAGAGUCCUGGCGGGAGGCUCUUCUGGACAGCAGAGUUAUGGAGCUUUUCUUCACAGUACAUCGAAAAAUCAGAGAAGAUUCAGAUAUGGCACAGGAUUCUCUGCAGUGCCUUGCCCAGUUAGCUUCUCUCCAUGGACCCAUCUUUCCCGACGAAGGAUCCCAGGUUGAUUAUCUAGCACACUUCAUUGAGGGCUUGCUGAGCACCAUCAAUGGAAUUGAAAUAGAAGACUCUGAAGCUGUAGGCAUCUCCAGCAUUAUCAGCAAUCUGAUAACUGUGUUCCCUCGGCAUGUUCUAACUGCCGUCCCCAGUGAGCUCUUCUCCUCCUUUGUGAACUGCCUCACACACCUCACUUGUUCUUUUGGGAGAAGUGCUGCAUUGGAAGAAGUGCUUGAUAAGGAUGACAUGGUAUACAUGGAAGCGUAUGAUAAGUUGCUGGAGUCCUGGCUAACUUUAGUCCAAGAUGACAAGCAUUUCCAUAAAGGCUUUUUCACGCAGCAUGCAGUUCAGGUGUUCAAUUCCUAUAUUCAGUGUCACCUUGCUGCUCCAGAUGGCACAAGGAAUUUGACUGCCAAUGGUGUGGCCUCUCGUGAGGAAGAAGAAAUCAGUGAACUCCAAGAAGAUGAUCGAGAUCAGUUUUCUGAUCAGCUAGCCAGUGUAGGAAUGCUAGGAAGAAUUGCUGCCGAGCACUGCAUGCCUCUCCUGACAAGUUUACUAGAAGAAAGGGUAACAAGACUCCAUGGCCAGUUACAACGGCAUCAGCAACAGUUACUUGCUUCACCCGGAUCAAGCACCAUUGACAACAAAAUGCUUGAUGAUCUCUAUGAAGAUAUUCACUGGCUUAUUUUAGUUACAGGCUACCUCUUAGCUGAUGAUACUCAGGGAGAGACUCCGCUAAUACCUCCAGAAAUAAUGGAAUAUUCCAUUAAGCAUUCAUCUGAAGUUGACAUUAAUACAACACUUCAAAUUUUGGGAUCUCCAGGAGAAAAGGCUUCUUCCAUCCCAGGGUACAGCAGAACAGAUUCUGUGAUUAGGCUGUUGUCUGCUGUGCUAAGAGUCUCAGAAGUUGAAUCUCGAGCAAUAAGAGCAGAUCUCACUCAUCUACUAAGCCCUCAAAUGGGCAAAGACAUUGUUUGGUUUCUAAAACGCUGGGCCAAGACUUACCUCCUGGUAGAUGAAAAACUGUAUGAUCAGAUAAGUUUGCCAUUGAGCACAGCAUUUGGAGCAGAUACAGAGGGUUCCCAGUGGAUUAUCGGCUACCUCUUACAAAAGGUCAUCAGCAAUCUGUCAGUGUGGAGUAGUGAACAGGACCUUGCGAAUGAUACUGUUCAGCUCCUUGUCACUUUAGUAGAAAGAAGAGAAAGGGCAAACUUAGUAAUUCAGUGUGAAAACUGGUGGAACCUAGCGAAGCAGUUUGCAAGCCGAAGCCCACCUCUUAAUUUCCUGUCCAGCCCAGUGCAGAGGACACUGAUGAAGGCUCUGGUCUUAGGAGGUUUUGCACAUAUGGACACAGAAACCAAGCAGCAGUAUUGGACAGAGGUUCUUCAGCCUCUUCAGCAGAGAUUCCUGAGAGUGAUCAACCAGGAGAACUUUCAGCAAAUGUGUCAGCAGGAGGAAGUCAAACAGGAGAUCACUGCCACACUAGAGGCCCUGUGUGGCAUUGCUGAGGCCACCCAGAUCGACAAUGUAGCCAUCCUGUUUAAUUUUUUAAUGGACUUCCUUAACAAUUGCAUUGGUUUAAUGGAAGUUUACAAGAAUACUCCAGAAACUGUCAAUCUCAUUAUAGAAGUUUUUGUGGAAGUUGCACAUAAACAAAUAUGCUAUCUUGGAGAGUCCAAAGCUAUGCAUUUAUAUGAAGCCUGCCUUACUUUGUUACAAGUGUAUUCUAAGAAUAACUUAGGGCGGCAAAGGAUAGACGUGACGGCGGAAGAAGAGCAGUACCAGGACCUGCUGCUCAUUAUGGAGCUGCUCACUAACCUUCUCUCAAAGGAGUUCAUAGACUUUAGUGACACAGAUGAAGUGUUUAGAGGACAUGAGCCAGGACAAGCAGCAGGCAGAUCUGUAUCAGCAGCUGAUGUCGUUUUGUAUGGAGUAAACCUAAUUCUGCCCUUAAUGUCACAAGAUCUUUUGAAGUUUCCAACCCUUUGUAAUCAAUAUUACAAAUUGAUCACAUUCAUUUGUGAGAUUUUUCCUGAAAAGAUACCCCAGCUUCCUGAGGAUCUGUUUAAGAGUCUGAUGUAUUCCCUAGAACUAGGAAUGACAUCAAUGAGUUCAGAAGUAUGCCAGCUCUGUCUCGAGGCCUUGACACCAUUAGCUGAACAAUGUGCUAAAGCACAAGAAACGGAUUCACCUCUUUUUCUAGCAACUCGACACUUCCUUAAGCUGGUUUUUGAUAUGCUGGUCUUGCAAAAGCACAACACGGAGAUGACUACUGCAGCAGGUGAAGCAUUCUACACAUUGGUGUGUUUGCACCAGGCUGAGUAUUCUGAACUGGUUGAGACAUUACUAUCAAGUCAACAAGAUCCAAUCAUUUACCAGAGAUUAGCAGAUGCCUUCAACAAGCUCACAGCGAGCAGCACGCCUCCUACCCUGGACCGGAAACAGAAGAUGGCCUUCCUAAAGAGUUUAGAAGAAUUUAUGGCUAAUGUUGGUGGUCUCCUUUGUGUAAAAUAAACAACAGAGCUAUAUGCUUAACUUCGA